AUGGAUACAACCAUCCCACCUGAGUGGACAGAACCCACACCAAUGAAUGGAAGUAACCAGUCCUCUUAUCCAUUUUGUGACAACACCGAGGUCCUGGAUUAUCUGAUCUUCAUCAUUGCACCAGUUGGACUGGCAGGAAACAUGACUGUGCUCUGGCUCCUGGGCUUCUGUAUACGCAGGAAUGCCAUUUCAGUCUACAUCCUAAACCUGGCUCUAUCUGACUUCCUCUUCCUCUGUUGCCUUAUUAUUUCUUCCCUGCUGGAUAUCAUCAAAAUUAUUCAACACCUCUCUGUCUCUAUAAUCUUAAGCAAUCUGGCAUUCCUUCCCUAUAUUGCAGGACUGAGCAUACUCAGUGCCAUUAGCACUGAGCGUUGCCUGUCAGUCCUGUGGCCAAUUUGGUACCGUUGUCACCGCCCAAGACACAUGUCACCUGUCAUGUGUGCUGUCCUCUGGUCUUUGUCUCUGAUGCUGAUCAUCCCAGAGUGGUACUACUCUGGCUUUGUGGAUCCGUUUUUUCAUGGUGAUUGGUGGAAAUAUGUUGAUUUUAUCAUUUCUGCAUGGCUGAUUAUUUUAUUUGUGAUUCUUUCUGAGUCUAGCCUGGCAUUGCUGCUCAGGAUCCUCUGUGGCUCCAGGCGGAUGCCACUGACCAGACUGUAUGUGACCAUCCUGCUAACAGUGCUGGUUUUUCUCAUCUGUGGGCUGCCUUUUGGCAUUCAUUGGUUCCUCUUAUGCUGGCUUCCAAUUCCUUUUUACACUUUUUGUUAUCUUCAUCCAAUGACAGUUGCUCUGUGCUGUGUUAACAGCUGUGCCAAUCCCAUCAUUUACUUCUUCAUUGGGUCCUUUAGGCAGCGACGACAGCAGCGGACCCUCAAGCUGCUUCUCCAGAGGGCUCUGCAGGACACUCCUGAGGAGUAA